CGAACACGGUAGCUCGGCGGUGACCUCAAGGGCAGACAGCACCAGGCGGGGUGAGCGUGAUGCCCCAGACGAGACAUAUUCGCACCCUCCAGCCAGGAUGAAGAAGCAACAGCAGGAAAUGGUCCAGGUCGGUUCGUGCACUUCCACUUGGCCGCAGGCAUCAUAGCAUCAAGGUAGCUAACAUGUCGGUUUGCUGCCAACAGACCGCUCUGCGUAGUUCGAAUUCUCCUUUCUACAACACUUCGAAUACCUCCACACAAAGCAGGAAAAUAGUCGGCGCAUCAUACUCGCAUGCUGACUUGCUAAACUUCAAUACCCUGAACAUCUCUGGGUCUAAUUCACGACCUCGCACGCCGCCCUCUGCUGGACACAGCCGUGAGUCAAGCGCUGCACCGCAACGAAGUAGCAGCAACAUCUCACCACGACCUACGCGCGAGACCUACACUAGCUUUCUGCGCCAGUCCAACACCGACUGGGGCGCCGACGACGACGAAGAUGGUGACAUCAUGUUUGAGGACGAUGAGGACGAGUUUGGCCUUCCCAGCAUAGCAAACGCGCGGAGGAAGGGUCGGCGGAAAGAACCAGUAAAGGGGGAAGAUCUAGGAGGGACAUUUGCCCACACCAGGAAUGGGUUGGGCUCAGCAGGCUCGACAGCAUGGCGAAGCAUUGACAGCGGCGACAUUGCUGAGGAGCGAGGCAUCCCUAGCUACCCCACUGCGAAGAAGAUCGAAGGAAAGAUACUGCGACCGCAGUAUCAGGAAAUCUUGCGCGACCCAGCGAAUUCUAUGCACCUCAUCGAACACCCCUCCGUACCACCCAAUGCUACUGCCAAGCAGAUUGAAGAGUACUCAGCCCGAACGACUCGCAUAAACAAGUUCAAGAGGAUACUGCAAGCAAGCACCAUCUCUCUGUCAGAUCUGCGCGACUCAGCAUGGUCAGGGGUGCCGUCUGAGAUCCGCGCAAUGACAUGGCAGGUCCUGUUGGGUUACCUUCCCACAAGCAGCGAAAGACGAGUGGCAACGCUGGAGCGCAAGAGGAAGGAAUACCUGGAAGGCGUUCGGCAAGCCUUUGAGAAGGGUACCUCAGGUAGCACCGGCGCCGUUGCUGCUGGAAUAGCGGGUGCCUCUUCAUUUCCAUCGACUAUUCGUGGCCGAGGACGAGGACUAGAUGAGGCUAUAUGGCAUCAAAUCAGCAUCGACGUACCGCGGACGAACCCUCACCUCGAGCUAUACAGUUACGAGGCGACACAAAGAUCACUAGAAAGGAUAUUGUACGUCUGGGCAAUACGACAUCCUGCCUCGGGCUACGUUCAGGGCAUUAACGACCUUGUCACACCAUUUUGGCAGGUCUUUCUCGGCGCCUACAUCUCGGAUCCUGACAUCGAAUCUGGCAUGGAUCCUGGACAGCUCCCUAAACAGGUUCUCGAUGCAGUCGAAGCAGAUUCAUUUUGGUGUUUAACGAAGCUUCUUGACGGGAUACAAGACAACUACAUCGCACAUCAACCAGGGAUCCAGCGGCAAGUGGCAAGUCUGCGAGAUCUGACCACGCGCAUCGAUGAUGGCUUGGCGAAACAUCUGCAGAACGAAGGCGUUGAGUUCAUACAAUUCAGCUUCCGCUGGAUGAACUGUCUGCUGAUGCGCGAGAUUUCCGUCAAGAACACCAUCCGGAUGUGGGAUACAUACCUGGCUGAGGAAGACGGAUUCUCCUCCUUCCACCUUUAUGUCUGUGCAGCAUUCCUCGUCAAGUGGUCACAUCAGCUGCGGAAGAUGGAUUUCCAGGAAGUUAUGAUGUUCCUGCAAUCGCUGCCAACCAAGCAAUGGACUGAAAAGGACAUCGAGCUGCUACUGAGCGAAGCUUUCAUAUGGCAGAGCCUUUUCAAAGGGAGUGGUGCGCACUUGAAGAACACGAGCUCGAGAGGAGUUGGCAUGGGUCCUGACUUCUAGGAAACGUUGGUGAUGUUGCAAACGCCGAGAUGACCGAUUUGUAUGUGAUCGCUAAUAUACUGCAUAAUGAUCACAACGAUAAGAACGUCUUAUGCUUUCCACAACCGACUCGGCAUGUCACCGACCGAUGGUAUGCAUCACUUCUGCCGGAUAUUGCUUGUUAAAGCCGGGUAUCAUCUUCGGGGAGCGGAGGG